GGGGAUGGAUUCUGAAACCUCUUUGAAUAGAAAAAAAAAAAGAGCAUGAGACCAUACCUGAACGCAGCUAUAAACCUCCGACCUAUUCAACUUCUACUCCCUCCUCUUCUCCGCAGCAGCACCAGUGCCUUCGCGUUUCGAAACUUCCGACCCGAAACUCCACGCUACCUCCAUUCUUUCUUACGGCGGCGUUUUAGUUGCAGAGCAAUGGGAACCUCAACUCCUCAAGCAGUUAUUCAAGUUAAGGACAAAAUUGAACUGACGGAAAUUGAGAAGAAAAUAUUUGAUCGGCUUCUCAAUACUCUCCGUCACUUUAAUCUCCAAACUCAGCUCCGUGUUGCCGGCGGUUGGGUUCGCGAUAAGCUUCUGGGGAAGGAUUGCUAUGACAUUGAUAUUGCUAUUGACAAUAUGUUAGGAAGUGAAUUUGUUGAUAAGGUUAGAGAAUAUUUGUUAUCUACUGGAGAAGAAGUUGGGGGACUCGGUAUUAUUCCACGCAACCCUGAUCAGUCCAAACACUUAGAAACUGCAAGGAUGCGCCUUUUUGACUUAUGGAUUGAUUUUGUUAACUUAAGGUGUGAAGACUAUACUGAGGACAGUCGUAUUCCCACAAUGAAAUUUGGCACAGCAGAAGAAGAUGCAUUUAGACGGGAUUUAACUAUAAACAGCUUGUUCUACAAUAUUAAUACUAGUUCAGUUGAAGACCUCACUGAAAGAGGCAUUGAAGAUCUAAAAUUUGGAAAGAUAGUGACUCCUUUACCUCCAAAGGCUACUUUUUUAGAUGAUCCACUUCGAGUUCUUCGAGCUAUUCGGUUUGGUGCAAGGUUUGGAUUCAUUCUAGAUGAAGAACUCAAAGAAGCUGCAGCGUGUGAUGACGUGAAAAAUGCUCUUGCGGCAAAAAUUAGCAAAGAACGUAUUGGAAAUGAAAUUGAUCUCAUGCUUUCUGGAAAUCAACCAGUUAAAGCUAUGACAUAUAUUGGUGAUUUGACAUUAUUCUGGAUUAUCUUUGGUCUUCCUCCCAAGGUUGAGCCGGCUGUGUCAGAAGGAUGCCACAAGCUCUGUAUUGCUUAUUUGGAUGCCACGUGGAACCUUAUUCAAUCAAUUAGGUCUUCUUUCUUCACUGAUGAACAAAGGAGACUCUCUCUAUAUGCUGCUUUAUUUCUUCCGUUCAGAAAUAUCAUAUACAUUGAGAAGGGUAAAAAUGUUCCUGUUGUCAACUUCAUCUUCAAAGACUCUCUUAAGCAAAAAGCUAGUGAUUCUGAAACAGUUAUGAAGAUACACAAGUCACUAGAGAAAUUCUUGAACAUAAUUCCUUUGCUUACUUCUGAUGAUGAUACCCAGCCAGCUGAAGUUGAUUGGGCCCUAGAACUUAUUGAUGUACCUUUCUCAGCUAAACUCCGAGUGUUGACAGGUUUUCUGCUACGAGAAAUCAAAGAUUUUUGGCGAGUUGCUUUGUUGAUAUCUACAAUGAUAUACCCUGCUGAUAUUGACUCUACUCAAAGUUUUUUAGAUAAGCAAUUUGAACUUGACAAAAGAAAAGAACUAUUUAAGACAGUUGAGGAUGCCAUUACCAAACAAGGUCUUGAAAAAAUCUGGGAUGUAAAGCCGUUGGUUAAUGGGAAAGAAAUAAUGAGUGUUUUGCAGCUUAAAUCCGGAGGACCCCUAGUUAGGGAGUGGCAACAAAAAUUGCUGGCUUGGCAGCUUGCUCAUCCCACAGGAACUGCAGAGGAAUGCCUUGACUGGAUGAAAGAAACUCAUUUGAAGCGGGCAAGAAUAGAGUAGUCACUUCUCUAAAAUGCUAUCAAGCUUAGCAUGUUUUGCAAGUUCCUAUGGAUAUCUAUCUAGCCUUUAAAACAAUGACAGAUAAGUGCCGGAACUUCACAGAAGCCACUGGAGCCGUUCAUAGAAUUCGCGUGCUAAUAGAUUUCGGCUGAUGUUUCCAUCAAAAAUUUUGUAUAGAGCUUCAAAUAUGCCGUAGAACUUUUUAUUGUUUUUGGACAAAUAAUAUGCCGUAGAACUUGCAGCAAAAGGCAAGUAUUUUGUUGCAAACGCUGACCAUGUAAUUUGAAGCACAAUUGUUAGAGAUCAUAUUCAUGGAAAGGGAAUACAGCAGACAACAUUGCUCUA